AUGAGAAGAACUUGCCGUUUUGGGGUAUAUUCAUCAGGGACCAUAAAAAGGUGCCCUAAAAAAUAUUGCUGCAAAUGCGACGUCUCCCAAACAUUAAAAAUGAUAGAGCAACGAUAUUUCCGAAGAGGUCCUUUAGAAAUUAGGCCAAAAUUAUCUAAAAGACUAUUACACUUAUAUUUCGUAGGGAGGGAUUUUUUUGGAAAACGAAAAGUUACAUAUAAUCAAAAGUACCAUCGAAGAAGCAAGAAAAGCUACAGUAACUAUGAAAUGUAUUGCUCAGCAUUAGGAAAAAAUGAUUUAAUUGAUCUUAAUAUUGAAGAAGCAGAGAUAAUGAUUGAUUUAUUUAAAUCUGAAUAUCCAGAAAAGUCUUAUUCGCUUAUGGACUAA